AUGGAUGACAGUGGGAUCUACGAGUGCUCCAACUGUGGCACCCACUUGGCGCAAAAGGACCAGAUAUACUCAAAGGAGUACAACGGUCAAUAUGGCCGCGCAUAUCUUUUCAACAAAGCCAUCAACAUUUGCCCUGGCGAAGAGGAUAAGCGGUCUAUGACUACUGGGGUGCACAUUGUUCGAGACAUUUCGUGCAUGGACUGUAGAAAAUACGUUGGCUGGAUGUACAUCACGGCGUUUGAGCGCAAACAAAAGUUCAAGGAGGGCAAAUUCAUCCUCGAGAAAGAGCUUAUAAACGAUGUUACGCAAGAAUGGAAGCUUUGA